CGGCCUUAAAACCCGCGAGCCUGCGUCCGACCCGCCGCUGCUCGCGCUCGCGGGGACUGCCACGCUCCGCGCGGCCCGCAGCCCCGCGCCUGCCGCGCCCCGUGCUGCACAGCUGCCCAUGGCUGACCUGAGCUUCAUCGAGGAUGCAGUCGCCUUCCCCGAGAAGGAGGAAGACGAGGAGGAGGAAGAGGAGGAGGGCGUGGAGUGGGGCUACGAAGAAGGUGUUGAGUGGGGCUUGGUAUUUCCCGAUGCUAAUGGGGAGUACCAGUCUCCCAUCAACCUAAACUCCAGAGAAGCCAGAUACGACCCCUCACUGCUGGAUGUCCGCCUGUCUCCAAAUUACGUGGUCUGCCGGGACUGUGAAGUCACCAACGAUGGGCACACCAUUCAAGUUAUCCUGAAGUCAAAAUCAGUUCUGUCGGGAGGACCGUUGCCACAGGGACAUGAAUUUGAACUGUAUGAAGUUAGAUUUCACUGGGGGAGAGAAAACCAGCGUGGUUCUGAACACACAGUGAAUUUCAAAGCUUUUCCCAUGGAGCUUCAUCUGAUCCACUGGAAUUCCACACUGUUUGGCAGCAUCGAUGAGGCAGUUGGGAAGCCUCAUGGCAUCGCCAUCGUUGCGUUGUUUGUCCAGAUAGGGAAGGAGCACAUUGGCUUGAAGGCGGUGACUGAGAUACUCCAGGAUAUCCAGUAUAAGGGAAAAUCCAAAACAAUACCCUGCUUUAACCCUAACACUUUACUACCAGACCCUCUUCUGCGGGAUUACUGGGUCUAUGAAGGCUCUCUCACCAUCCCACCUUGCAGCGAAGGAGUUACCUGGAUAUUAUUCCGAUACCCUUUAACUAUAUCCCAGCUGCAGAUAGAAGAAUUCCGAAGGCUGAGAACACACGUUAAGGGGGCAGAGCUUGUAGAAGGCUGUGAUGGAAUUUUGGGAGACAAUUUCCGACCUACCCAGCCCCUGAGUGACAGAGUCAUUCGAGCCGCGUUUCAGUAGGCAGCGAGACUGCGGUCAAGCUCAUCUGCAUCAGGGAGGAAGACAGUGGUCCCAUGGCACCCUUGGAUGAGAAGUGGAAACUCCUGAGUGCCAGCUUCGUUUUAACCCCCAAGCCUGCAUUAUCUCCAGCUACUCCAGCUCUGAUGGAUAUCUGUGGCCGUUGUCUGCAUAUAUGCUGUUAUAAAACAUUAGAAGUGGCUGUUCACUGUAAAGAAUCUCUGUGUAUGUGCACACACCACAGCUUCUGGGAUUCAGACUUUUGCACAUACUGCUAAUUGCUUAUGUGUACAAAAAUGAAAGUAGUUUUCAGACCUAUUGAUAUGACUGUAUCAUACAUCAAUAAUAGACAAGAGAAACCCUCCACACUUCUAGAGCCAAGUUGUUCAUUUCCUAUCUGUAUUAGAAAAUAUGCUCAUCCCAGCCUAGUGUAAUUCUUGAUAAUAAAGUAAGAGUUUUGAUCUACAA